AUGAAGAAAAUAAAGCUUCCAACAAUACAGGCAGAAAUUUCUUCACUCAAUAAUAAUCUUGAGAAUCUUGAGUCUACUGAUAAUGUUUCUACUGUGGUGUCAUUAUGGGCUAUUCAGCAAUUAAUUGCAAAAUCUGAGGGGAGAUUUAAAGAUAAUAACCCUGAGAACAUAUAUAGACUUCUUCUUCUAUUGAAAUACACAUAUGCAGACCUGAAUGCACAAGAUGACCCUGCUGCAAAGGCAGGAGUCAAGGCUGCUAUUACUACAGCUAUUGGCAAAGAGUUUCAAGAUGAUGUUGAAAUUGAUUCUACCAAUGAAAAUAUUGAUGCUGAUUUUAAGAAGGACACCAAUAAUGCUGUCAAAACUAUAAACAAGAUUAUUUAUGGAAUUAGCUUUGAUAUUCCUUUGUCUUCUAUGAAUAAAGGCAUGAGAAAAGCCUUACUUGAAGAGUUUACUAAAAAUACUGUUGAUAUUGAAAUGCUGUUUGUGGAAAAGCACAGAUCCAACAAUAGACUAAUAGCUGAUGCCAAACAUCUAGAAUAUCUUGAAAUGAGUGAUAAUGAUGACAACAACAAAGAUUCCAUUAAGAAUACUGGCAAGGCUCUCUUUAAGCUGAAUUGCAUGCUUAAUACAACUAGAGCAGAAGCUCUAGAUUAUCUUACUGCUUGUUCUGACUUGAAUAUGGACCCUGACAACCUGAUGAUUGCAAAUCUUACACUGAAACCUUGGCAAGUCACUGAGGUUGCUUGGAAAUUGACACAAGAGCUGUCAUCAGUGGAAAAUGAAAUUCUUGCUGAUGAAGCAGAACUGGAAAAUACUGUACAAUGCUGCACUUUAAUUCUCAAAGUGAAAGAACAAAAGUCAACUGAGCUAUAUUAUUCUACUCUGAUUAUCUGUCUGAAUAAAGUGGUCACUAAUUAG